CGGGACAAGCAGCGAAACAGGAGGUCCUAUGGCGCUUUUCUCAAUUUUGGCCUUUUGCCUUCCCCCCAAUGGUGCUGCAAUAUUUGCAAUCUUGAAAAAUGCGCGCCAAGCGUCGGCGCUCUGCCCAAAUUAAGCAGUUCAACUUCAACUUCAACCUCAAGAAGCCGCUAAUGGCGGACACUUCGAACCACGCUCGAUUUCUUAAUCCAUGGCUGCUUCAAUUCCAGAAGAUGGGUCUCGAGCUCAUAUGCCCUCUCUGUUUAAAGAUGCUCAAUCGACCAAUGUUGCUCCCUUGUGACCACAUAAUCUGCCAUUCCUGUAUGCCCACAUCGACCCAAUUUGGAUCCGAAUGCCCUGUCUGCAAACAACAGUAUUCUCAUCGAGAUGUAAGACCUGCUCCUUACAUGGAAAAUAUGGUGACAAUUUAUAGAAGCUUGGAUGCCGCUUUCAUGACUAGUUGCUUUCAGCCUGCUUCUUCUGAUGUUGGGAGGGUGCCAAAUGAUGGCUUAAGCAAGGAGGCAAUUGAAACUCGAGAGGGAAACUCUAGCAAUGGGCAGUCGAGGUAUUCACUAACAUCUAACAGGCGAGUUCAGGCUACACUUAAUCAGUCUGUUCAAGAUGGGAUCGAAUCGACCGUAAAAAAUGACAAAUCUAGGUCGCCAAGAACUACUUGUGUGGAAGAAUCUGAUAUGUGUGCUAGGGGCCCAGUAGUUUUGCAUGGAGAGGGUAAGUUGACUCCUGCAAAAUCUCCUGGUUGGGUGGGUGCUGUGAAGCACAAUGAGCUUGGAAUAGAGCAAGUAGACAUAGAUCAAGUGACAAGAUCAUCUUCAGGCAGCCCUCCUUCCUUUGGUGAUACGAAAGAUAUGGAUGACAUCAAUGAUCCAGGCUGCAGCAAUGCUAUUCCAGAAAAAUUUCCAGCAAAGAGAAUAAUUACUAACCACUCUGAUAAAGCAGGAGGUGAAAUGAAUGGCAGGCCUUCUCCUGGAACUGAAUUUGGUCAUGCUAGGAAUGCCAAGAGACAAAAGAAAUUGAACUAUGGCAUCUCAGAGAAGUGUGCAAAAAGCAAUGCCCACGCACAAUCGGCUGUUUUGCAUUCUGAAAGUACAGGAAAUUCUGGAGUUGAACAUAAAUUUGGAGGACCUUUUUCUUCAAAAGCAUAUACAAGUGUCUGUGCAUUUUGCCGGUCUUCUAAGCUCACAGAUAGAUCUGGGCCAAUGUUGCAUUAUGCCAAUGGAAAAGAGGUAAUAGGAGAUGCGGCCACCCAUCCCAAUGUCAUACAUGUACACAAAACGUGCAUUGAGUGGACACCUCAAGCUUAUUAUGAUGGUGAAACUGUGAUGAAUUUGGAGGCAGAAGUGGCAAGAGCCGCAAAGCUGAAGUGCAGUAGCUGCGGGAUAAAGGGGGCAGCACUUGGCUGCUUUGUGAAACACUGCAAGAAAUCUUAUCAUGCUCUUUGUGCUGUGGACUUAGAUUGCAGAUGGGAUUGUGAAGAUUUUCUACUGCUUUGCCCAAAUCACUGCUCUGCCAAAUUUCCAAGUGAAAAUUCCAAGUCCGAGAAGAACUCCAGGAAAAAAGAAAAUCAUUUGUCAUCUCAGAUAACAGUGAAGCAAUCUGACUUUUGGGCUGCAGAGCCUAAUGGAGCCAAAGAAUGGUUAUUAUGUGGAUCUGCUCUGUCUGUUGACGAGAAGUAUCUUUUGGUCAAAUUUGCAAGCAUUUGUGGAGCAACUGUGUCCAAGUUUUGGAAACCGAGUGUCACCCAUGUGAUUGCAGCCACAGAUGCAAAUGGUGCAUGCAGCAGGACGCUGAAAGUUCUUAUGGCGAUUUUGAAUGGGAAAUGGAUACUGACGAUUGACUGGAUAAAAGCAUGCAUGGAAGCUAAGAAACAGGUGGAAGAAGAACCUUACGAAGUGAGCCUGGACAGUCAUGGCUGUUGUGAUGGCCCCAAAAAUGGAAGACUGAGGGUAUCAGAUAAUGCACCAAAGCUCUUCAACGGGUUGGAUUUUUAUUUCUGUGGGGACUUUUUGGCAGCUUACAAGGAAGACCUCCUAGCUCUGGUUAAAACUGCAGGUGGUAGUAUUAUUGAGAGCAGGGAAAAGCUAGUGGCACAAAGUAAUGCUACCCAUGCAACUUCUUCAACUACUCUAGUUGUUUAUAAUCUUGAUCCGCCACAAGGGUGCCAGCCAGGAGAAGGGCGUUCUUUUGCGGCACAAAGGCUAGAGAAAGCACAAUAUUUGGCUAAUGAAAUAGGGUGUAAAGUCAUUGGGCACACAUGGCUUCUGGAAUCAAUAGCAGCAUGUAAGCUGAGGCCUUUUGCACACUGAUUAUGGAAUUCUGCAAUGCAGAUGGUUUUUUGUUGCUACAAAAUUUAAUAACGUCAAUUACAUUUGGGCUGCUCCAAAUUACAUUUAGGUUAUGUUAGAAUGUGAAAAGACGUCUCUUGAUUAUUUUG